UUGGUCCACCGUAACAACCUGCUUGCUUUACAUAAUUUCUAUCGGCGCUAGUUUACGCAGUUGUACAUAAAUUCAUCAUGUUGCGCAUCGUCUAUGGGAGGAUAUAUCUACAUUUAAGUAAAAUCGAUAUUACACGCAUUCAGACAGUAAAGUGACUUUACACAGUUGGAAGUCAACCGCUAAAUAUGAGGAAAUAAAUUAUUUUCCGAGCAAGUAGCAUCAAUGACAGCUUAAUGCAGUGAAAAUUUCAUAAUUAAGUGAAUUAAUUCGGUUCAGUGAGUGAGAUCAUACCUUCAAUCAUAAGAUCUGAGGAUUAAUCUCAGGUUUUAGUUUUCCUCAAUCAAAUCCCUUGAUAUUAGCGAGAUUUUCCGAUUACGUUUAUAUGCAAAGAGAAGUAUUAUUGUGGAUUUAAAUGUUAUGUAAAAAAUGUAACGGUGUUUAAGGCAGAAAACCAGUACUCAGGACCGAAUAAAAUGAGCAAAAUGAAUACUUUAGUAGACUGGGUUUCAGUAAUUGACAGAUUGAAAAUAAUUGACUUGAAAAACUCCGGUGUAGAGACCAAGACGAUUACGGACGAGUUCAAGAUAACCGAAGAUACACUUCAGGAAAUAAUGAAAAAUGAAGAUAAGUAUAAAUCACUUAAAGAAUCAUUUCUGGUAUCGUUUUCAAAAAUAAAAGAGAUGAUAAGUAUCGCGCCUGGGUACAAAGAAUUGGAGCAAAAUCUUCUUACUUGGCUGAGUGAGGUUCGGAGUCAUGGACUUGGACUAGACAGUAUUACGUUUCAAAGAAAGGCAAUGGACUUAUAUGACAAGAUGGGUCCGACGUUUCCUUUUAGAGCCAGUCAUAAAUGGGUUCGUUAUUUUGAAAAAUGUCACAAUAUUGAAGUCACUUUUGGGGCAAGUGAAAAUAAUAUGACUGUAGAUACGUUGUUUCGGGGUCAAACAGAUUCGGAUAUUUUGAAUAAUCGGGCACAGGAAAUUGAUGAAGAGAAAUUGGAGGCAACUAUUAGCGGGCAAGAGUCGAUAAUAAAUAAAGAAAUUGAAGAAUUAGACGAACUGGAAAUAGGGGAAGAAGUGGAAAUAGUAGAAGAAGUGGAGUUAGAAGAAGAAGUGGAAAUAGAAGAAGUGGCAGUAGAAAGAGAAGCGGAAGUAGACAGAGAAUUAGCAGUUAAUCAAUCCAAUAUUUCAGGGACUCUACAAAAUUUUACAACAGAAAUUUUUACAGGAAGUAUAAUAAUUUUAACUAUUUGCCAAAAUGAUCCGAUAUUUUAUCAAGUAAUAGAAGAAGAAAAUAAACGAGAAGAGGUAGAAAAACCGUGUGAAGAAAAUGAAGAAUUAAAAAAUAAAGGAAUAGCAGAAGAAGCUUUGAAUAAUCGAUCGGAUCUUAUAGACCUUUCGGAAAAUUGUACAGAAGAAAUAGAUACAGAAGAAUCAAUAUUUCCAAGUAUGAGUCAACAAGACUUUUUGAUAAAUUUGGGAAUUGAAAAAAAAAGAGAUGAAAAAGAGAGAAAAAUAAAAAUUGAAGAUGUAGAAGAAAAUUUAAAAGACAGAAAAGACGAAGAAGAAAAUUUCUCGAUUAAUCUAUUGAAUUUUUUAGAUGAUUCAGAAAUUAGUACAGAGGAAAUAGACAGAGACAAAAUAAUAAUUUCAAGUGCCGAUCUACAAAUGUUCAUAAAACAAGUUAUUGAAAAUAAAGACGAAGUCGAUCGAGAGGAAGAAGAAUUAGGAGACAGAGAAGUAGGAAAGGGAUGCCCGAUUGAUCUAUGGGAUCUUUCAAAUACUUCAGAAAAUAGAACAGAGGCAAUGGACAAUGAAGAAUUGAUAUUUCCGAGUACUAGUCAACAAGUGUCUAUGAUAAAUCCGAAUAUUGAAGGAAUAGAUAAUGAAGAAGAGGAAGAAAGAGAUGAAGACAAAGAAGAAGAGUUUUUGAGUGAUGUAUCGAAUGAGAAAAGAACUCCAGAAAAUUCUACAGUGGAAGUGAAUCAAGAAGAAUUAAUGUCCUCAAGUACAAGUCAACAAGUGUCUGUAAUACAUAAAAAAUCAGAAGAUGCGGAUGCUGUCCCUGAUUCUCAUAAAUAUUUUGACAAAGUCAAAGAAAAUAGAACAGAGGAAACGGAUAAUGAAACAUUAAUAUUUCCGAGUACUAGUCAACAAGUGUCUAAGAUAAAUCCCAAUAUUGAAGGAAUAGAUAAUGAAGAAAAGGAAGAAAGAGAUGAAAACAAAGAAGAAUUUUUGAGUGAUGUAUCGAAUCAGGAAAGAACUUCAGAAAAUUCUACAGUGGAAGUGAAUCAAGAAAAAUUAAUGUCCUCAAGUACAAGUCAACAAAUGUCUGUAAUACAUAAAAAAUCAGAAGAUGCGGAUGCUGUUCCUGAUUCUCAUAAAUAUUUUGACAAAGACGAAGAAGAUAAAUUUCCGUCCAAAGUUUCACUUGGCCAUUCAAUUCUCUCAACCGAAAAAAACAAAAUUUUAAAAAUAGGUGUUACGAAGAUGAAAAUCAUCGGGAUGGAAAAGCGAAAAAUUAUGAAAAAAUGUGAUAUCACUGAUAGGAUGCAGAAAUUGACUAUCAAAAUUCAAGAAGAAGAUAAAAAAGACGUAAAUAUUUAUUCUGAACGAACUAAAGUCAAUAAAUGGGCUUAUAGAAACAGUUUAAUCAAAGAACUAGAAGAAAAUAUGCUAACCUGGUUAAUCGAUGCGCGAAAUAAGGGCAUUUUGGUAAAUGGAAGAAAAUUUAGAAAUAAAGCAUUACAAUUUCACCAAGAGUUGGGGAUGAAAUAUCAUUUCAGGGCCAGUUAUCAUUGGAUUAAUGCGUUUGAAAAACGUCACAGAAUUAAAAUUAUUAAGAAAAAAAAAAAAUCAAAUGUCAGGGCACACAGACCAUUGAGAACUCGACCUCAUCUUCCACGUAUGUCGAAAAGACGAGUAGAGAAUAUGAUGAAAAAUCAAUUAUUGUUACCAAGUACUGGACAAGAUGCACCUGUACUAUGUCAAGAAGAGCAGGAUAAAACGGCAGUCAGUUAUGAGUGUGGGAACGAAGAACUUGAGCGACGUCUUUUGAUUUGGUUAAAUGAAGUACAGGACCAAAAACAAUCACGAAACGGAUUGAUAUUUAAAAGAAAAGCGAUGGAAAUAUAUGAAGAGUUAGGUGGAAAAUUUCCUUUUAAGCCUACAUACGAUUGGGUUUCUUCUUUUGAAAUACGUCAUAACGUUGAAAUAAUUAAACGUAACAAAGACAGUGAAAAGGAUAUAAUGAAAUUCAAUUUGAUGAGGAAUCAAUUGAAUCUUUGGCGCACCUCAAAAAAAUUAGCAGUAAGUAAAGGAACAUUUAAAGAGAUUGGAAACACAGAUGAAAUAAGAGAAGAAUACGAUGAAAAUGAAGAAAAAUAUGAAGAAAUAGUAGAAAAAUACGGUGACGGUAGUGAGCAAGAAGAAGAUAAAGACUUUGAAAAUGGCGAAGAAGAAAAAGAAGCCGAAGAAGAAUACGUUGACGAUGGCGAGCAAGAAGAAGACGUGUAUGCUGAAAAUAGCGAAGAAGAAAAAGAUACUGAAGAAUACUCUACCAAUAGCGAAGAAGACGAAGAAGAAUAUGUAGACGAUGGUGAAGAAGAAAAAGAUUUCGAAGUAGAAGAAUAUGUCUACGAUAAAGAAGAAGAAGACGUGUAUGCUGAAAAUAGUGAAGAAGAAAAAGAAACUGAAGAAGAAUACUCCAACAAUAGUGAAGAAGAAUAUUUCGACGAUGGUGAAGAAGAAAAAGAUUUAGAAGUAGAAGAAUAUGUCGACGAUGAAAAAGAAGAAGACGUGUAUGCUGAAAAUAGCGAAGAAGAAAAAGAUACUGAAGAAGAAUACUCCAACAAUAGUGAAGAAGAAUAUGUAGACGAUGGUGAAGAAGAAAAAGAUUCAGAAGUAGAAGAAUAUGUCGAUGAUGAAGAAGAAGAAACACAAGAAGAAUACGUCGACGAUAAUGAAGAAGAAAAAUACCAACAAGACCAAAGAGAUAAUGACAAAAAUCAAGCAGCAACAGAUAAUGAUGAUGGACUAUCGUGUAAUCUAUCGAUUAGUGAAUUGCAAGAAGAAGAACAAACAGAAAACGAAGGUUACGAAGAAGAGGAUACAUGGGCACAUGAUGAAGAUUCUCUAGUAAGUCAUGGAGAAGAUAUAAAUGGAAAUAUCCUCCAAAAUACUUCGGGAAAUUCGGUAAUGAGUAUAAUGAAAAAUACAGAAGAAACUUUAAGUCGACAACAAAUUAAUCGAAAAGAAAAACGAACUAAACACGUAACCUUUGAUAUCAAUAACGAUCCCAGUGAUGCCCUACAGCCAACAGUCAGUUCGUCGACCCGCUCACCUUUUCUACAGUCUUUAGAGAAGUUUAACGGAAUCGAAGAUUAUUUAUCGAUACUGAAGUACCAACUGAUUUUUAGUGAAUGCAAAAAAAUGAUUGCAAAAGAAGAAAUCGCAAUAUUUUUCAAACAACAACAAAUUGAAGAUUUAAAACAAGCGUUAGAUAUUUUAAUUAAAACAAUAACUUCGGAAGAAGAAUUAUUGAAUCAACUUUUAAUGAACGAAACUUGGGCACCAUUCGGCCGAAUGCUGUGUGCUGAAGAUAUUGCAUGGGUAUCCAAAGAUCGCAUUCUUUGUACAUUUUGUUACGAAGAUACUGAAGACGAGUACGAUAAUUACCACAGAAGUGCAAUCGACCAUAAAUUAACAUCAAAUAAAAAACUAAAAAGUCGAAUUUGCGGUAAUUGUUGUAAAUCGACUCUCGAUUUUCGUCCAGCUGCCAAAUGCACUGAGUGUAUUAUUCCUUUUUGGCGAAGUAAACCUUAUUUUAGGUUACUUUUUAAAUAAAAAUACAAAUUAGUUUCAUAUGCAGAUAAUGCCAACGAAUCUUGCAUCACUAGACCGAGUUUAAAAACAUGUAUAUACGCACAGAUGUCUUUGAACUCGCGUUAUAGAAAUGUUGUAUGCAAUUGGAAAAUUGCAAGGGGUUCAACUCGAAGCUCAAACAUGUCAUAUGACACAACUAAUCAAUAACUACAACAUUUAUCAUAUCCGACAGUUUUAAUUUUAUUAAAAAACAUCAAUACUGUCAGACAAUAAAUUAUUUAUAAAAAAGUGUAAUUAAUGUCUUUGCAUGAUAAUAAAAUAUGUAUUUAUUGAUUA